UCUGCCUCCAAAAUCAUCAUGCGCCACACGCUGUGGAUGCUGAGCAUCUGCGCCUUCAUUUGCGUCCUAGCGACCGCGAAGGCGCAGGAAAACCACAGAGACGUGCACAGACAUCACUUAUUUCGCUCGCGAAUCAACAAAGUGCGAACCUCCCCUGCUCCAUCGACCACCCCUGAGCCAAUCAGCAGCACCACCGAAGCUCCUUCCACCACUGAAACCCCUGCAGCCAAGGAAUUGAUAGAAUCGACCAACUCAACUGACACUCAGGAAAUCGUGCUUUCGCCAAGUGAAUCUUCCAGCUCGAACACAUCAAGCACGGCGGAAACACCAAAGGCCGAGAAACUUUUCGGUCUGCCCGACCUGAGAACGCACCUUUUGGCGCAGCAGCAGCGACAACAGCAGCUCGCCUUUGCUGCGAUCAGGGCAGCUACUCAGACGCCUAACUUUGGCCACCCCUUCCAACAGGCCUCGGUGUCCGACCUGCAGCAGUUGCUCGCCCUCAUGCAACAGGCGCAGCAAGGCAACCAAUUCACCUUUUACUCUCCACAGCAGCCUCAGCAGUUCGGAUUUGGGCCCACGGCCGGAACUAGUGGUGCCCAGCAGGGUCUUUACCAACAGCCCACCUACCAACCCACCCCUGCGUUUUUCGCCCCCAACCCCUCUCAAUACGGUCAGCCUGGCCAAUCCUUCGAGGGAGCGAUCACCCUCCCGUACAACCCCCCACCUACCCCUAGCUUCGUUUUUCACAACGGUGCCUAUCACAUUCAGGGCGGUUCCGCCGUGACCCCAGCCGGGCCUCAGCAGCAGCUCCCUGGACCUGCACCAACUAGGUUUUCGGUGGGCACCCCUGUUCUCUCCGGACCAGUCGGACCGUCCAUUCAAGAACCUCCGCAGGAAGUGCCUCGGCCUCCUGGUCUUUACGUGAAUCGUCCUAACAGACCAUCGAACCUGCCUCCACCCUCACCCCCUCCCCUUCCGCGGCCACCCCAGUUCUCCAAUACGGUUUUCCAAAGCUCGGGAGGACAAACUUUCAGCACGCCUUUGCAGCUCCAACCCACUUUCACCACCCAACAGCAAGAUCAGCAGCCACCCUUUGGUCCAGCUCAGGGUCAGCCACCCUUUGGUCAAGCUCAAGGUCAACAACCUUUUGGCCCAGCACAGGGUCAGCAACCUUUCGGGCCAGCUCAGGGUCAGCAACCUUUCGGGCCAGCUCAGAGUCAACAACCUUUUGGUCCUGCUCAGGGUCAACAACCCUUCGCUCCACACAAGAAUCAACCACCCUUUGUGCAACCGCCACCCUUUUUGCAGCAACAGCCAGGCUCUCAACAGCAGCAGUUCUUUAACUCUCAACAAGAUUUUCCGUCCCAACAGCAACCACCGUACCCCAACCAGGCGGCAGGUGCAACACAAUUUAACACCCCGUUCAGCAGAACGCCCGUGUUUUUCCCUCCGGCACCACCCCAGGCGUUCACGAAAGAAACUAAGGACGUUCAGGCUGAAGAGGUUGUCGAUGAAAACGAAGUCAAAGAAGAAAAAGAAGCCUCCACCACCUACACAUUCGUUAAGAGCUAUUAAAUUUAAUUAAUUAAUUCGAAAUAUAGUCUGAAAGUUUCCUCUCUGCGCCAAACAAAAUGUUGAAAACUUGAGAAGAGUUAAUUUAAUUUAUGUAAUUUUAGAUAAGAAUUAAGAACUUAAUAAAUAGUGAUUUAGUAGUAC